AUGGACCCCUCCCCGUACUCUGGAUUUAUUGCUGAUCCAGCUAAAUGUCGUUUGCUGAGUGUCGAUGCAAAGAGAGAACUUAUCUGUGAAUUGUCAAAAUGUCCAGAUAAAGCACUUGAACUGCUGCAUGAAUGGUCACGCCGUGAUAUCAUACAGAUAUUCUGUUCUGAAUUCUGUAAAGAUAGAAAAUAUGAAGCCAUGUCAAAAAAGUUGAUACUAAAUUAUCUCUUCGAUGCUGUGAAUGGGAAGUCACAUGGCCAUGGGAAAUGCAUGAAGAGAUCAGGCCCUGAGUCGAACUCAAGUAACAUCCAGUUACCUUGCAAAAGACAGAAAAAGAGUGAUGUUCCAGUGCUUCCAGUUAUUGCAAACACUCCAGUAACUGCUGAUAUAACUGGACCAACAAACAUUGCACACUCUUGUGAAAAUUCAGCUUGUAGGGCUGUUCUUGUUCCAGCAGAUAAAUUCUGCAAACGUUGCUCAUGCUGUAUUUGUUUUAAGUACGACGACAAUAAGGAUCCUAGCCUGUGGCUAUCCUGCAAUUCAGACCAACCCUUCGAGGAAGAGUCAUGUGGAUUGUCGUGCCACCUAGAAUGUGCAUUCAGGGAUGAAAGAUCUGGCAUUCUGCAGAAUGGACAGUCAAAGAAACUUGACGGCGGUUAUUAUUGCACCCACUGCGGGAAACAAAAUGAUUUGCUUGGGUGUUGGAAGAAACAACUAUUGAUAGCAAAAGAUGCUCGGCGGUUGGAUGUGUUGUGCCAUCGGAUAUUUCUUAGUCAUAAGAUCCUCAUAUCUACUCAGAAGUACUUGGUCCUCCAUGAGGUUGUUGAUACAGCAUUGAAGAAGCUGGAGAGUGAGCUUGGUCCGAUUACUGGCCUUCCAGACAAGGGCCGGGGAAUUGUUGGUCGUCUUCCUGUAGGCACUGAAGUUCAGAGGCUUUGUACCCGUGCUAUAGAGACUCUGGAAUCUAUGUUAAAUGGCGCAUUAACUGCUGACUCACAGAUUCAGAGCUCUCGUAUGGUAUCAUCAGAUUUCAUAAAGGUUGAGGAUGUAUCUCAUGAUUCUGUCACAGUAGUUUUUGACCUGGAUGCAUGCCCCACUCUCUCCCGAGGUUUAACUGGCUUUAACUUGUGGCACCGAAAGGCUAGUGAAGAGGAUUAUCCCUCAAAGCUAACAGGCAUAAUUCCGAUGCCAGCAAGAAUGUUAGUGGUCAGAGGACUUGCUCCAUGUACAUCUUAUGUCAUCAAGGUUGUUGCAUUCACCGGCUCAAAGGAGAUUGGAUCGUGGGAAGUCAGGACAAAUACCACUGGCUGUCCUAAGGGGCUGGAUGCAAAAGAUUCACUGCCAGUGGAUGUUGGAAAAGAUCCAAACAACAAAAGCGUGAAGGCAAAAAGUAGUAGUGGUCUGUCCAAUCCUCCUACAGAAGGCGUGGAAUCAUACAAAGUCAGUACCAAUUAUGUUGAUCUUGUCAGUUCGUCAGAUAGUGAUGUUGAAUCCAAUCACUCUCGAGAUCGGAAGAUAGAUGUUGUUGGGUUAACUGAAGUUGAUGGGCCAGAUAGAGCUCCUAGGGUACCAGCAUCAGGUUUGGACGGCAACGAAAAAGAACCUGGUUCAGCUGCUCAAGCAGCUUUACUAAAGAGGUCCACGGAGGUAAUGGCGUGUGGUCAGAGAGCUUUGAAGCAGAACAUGGGAACAAUUGGUCCAGAGAUUGCAUCACAUGUACACACCGAAAACAAGUCGGUUUCUCCACCUGAAUACCGCGGCUCAUUGCUACAUGCCAUGCAGAAAGAAACUGAAAACUGCAAGUUGGUUUCUGCAAUGAGCUUUGAAGCAAAAUCUGGUGAUCAUUUUCCUCAAGAUGACAGUUCUAAGACUGAAACAGACCCAGCGUGUUUGCCAUGCAAAAGAACCCCAGGGAGAACUGAGGAUGGUGGACACAAGGAUGGACGUUCAGAACCUAGCACAUCUGCUCAAGUAUGUUCUCUUCUGAAAUCCUCAAACUCGGUGCAUCACAAGCAGGUUAUUUCAUUGGAGAAUGCGCCUGACUCACUGGAUCCUAGAACAGGAAAUGGUAUCAAAUCUGGCAAUAGGAUUAUUGGAACAGGCUCUGGAUCAAAUAACGACAACCAUGUUCCUCAACCUGUCCCUCUGAAACCUGGAACAAAACUGUGGAGUCCAUCAAGCAGUAAUCCCUCAGGAAAACCCAAUGACAUUGAGCAAACCGAUGAAAGUGCUUAUGUGUUCUGUGUCAAGGUUAUCAGGUGGCUGGAAUGUGAGGGUCAUGUCGAGGCCAACUUCAGGGUGAAGUUCUUGACAUGGUUGAGCCUACGAGCGUCUUGGCGUGAAAAGAAGAUAGUUAGCGUGUUUGUGGAUACUUUUAUUGAUGACCCCGCAAGCCUUGCCGGCCAGCUAAGUGACACCUUCUCAGAGGCAAUCUACACCAAGUGGACGCCUAUGGCGCCAUAGGGUCUCUGCAUGAAACUUUACCACUGACAAUGGAGUUUUUUGUGUGAGCAAAAUGGAAGUUUUUGGCACCAAUCCUACUUAGGAUAUAUUGCUGGUCCCGUACUUUAUUAGCUGAUCCUUGCAUCAACUUCUCACUGGAACCUUAUCCACUGUAGUAGUUAGUUUUGUUAAUUUCCCGCCUUCAGCUGGAAGUUCAACAUGUUAACCAGUAUGAAGCAUCAGGAAAUUUGCAAUCCAGAAUAGCGCCAUUUUGGGAUCCUAAUGUGUAUGUAAGUGUGCGCAACUAUAUCUUAACUCAGGU